AUGGUGGGUUUCGGUCUAUGUGGGGGUUUUUCGCAUUCAAAACUAAGUCUGAUGGUUCUUUUUGAGCGAUACAAAGCUCGUCUUGUGUCGAUGGCAGAUCCAAACAGUGAAACAGUCUACAUGUAUCAACCUUUGGGAUUUAAGGAUUCGGACACAUCCAGAUUAUCAAAUCUGAUCAUUCCACUUCAUUUUAUAGCAAAGGGGAUGCAUUUGGCGUAUCUUCUUGCUCUAUGUUUUGAUGACCAUGUUGAUGACAUUAUUCUCACCACUUCUUCCGAAAAGCUUCGGCUAUCUAUUAUGUCUUUGAUGUCUUCAGAGUUUGCCAUGAAAGACUUGGGUCCUUUGAAUUACUUUUUGGGCAUCUCUGUUCACCGAAACUCCUCCGGUUUAUUCCUUUCUCAGCGUAAGUAUGCUGCAGAAAUUCUUGACAGAGCAGGCAUGUCUAGUUGCAAAUCUGUCUCGACGCCUGUUGACACCAAGCUGAAACUCAGUACUGAUUCUGGUUCUUCAUAUGAUGAUCCUCUCUUAUAUCGUCGUCUAGCUGGUGCUCUUCAAUAUCUCACAUUCACUAGACCGGAUUUGUCUUAUGCUGUUCAACAAAUUUGCUUACAUAUGCACAAUCCAACAACGGCUCAUAUGAGUGCUUUGAAGCGAAUUUUGAGGUAUCUCAAAGGCACUCUUUCUUAUGGUUUGCACCUUUCGAACUCCCCUUUUUCAUGUCUUACAGCUUACUCCGAUGCUGAUUGGGGUGGUUGUCCUGAUACUAGACGCUCCACUUCUGGCUAUUGUGUUUUUCUUGGUGAUAAUUGUGUGCCGAUUAGCUUAGCCACAUUGGUCUACUGUGAUAAUGUUAGUGCAGUUUAUUUGUCUAGUAAUCCGGUACAGCAUCAGCGAACAAAGCAUAUAGAGAUGGAUAUUCAUUUUGUGCGUGAAAAGGUUGCUCGUGGGCAAGUCAGAGUUCAACAUACUCCAUACCGAUUUCAGGUGGCCGAUAUUUUCACAAAAGGCUUACCACGAAUCCUGUUUGAUGAUUUCAGAUCCAGUCUCUGCGUUCGUGAAACUCCCGCUCUGACUGCGGGGGAGUGUUAG